CAUGAUAACAGAAUAGUUUUCUGAAUUCCGGCUAGUGAAAAGAAUUUAUAUUAUUACCACUUUUAAAUUAUUGUUUCACUGUAAUGCCCGCCAAUAGAACGGAAGAUGAUUAGGUCGUUUCUUGGCUGGAUAUGGAGAAAAUUGUGGUGGGCUUGGUAUUUAGGAAUAAUUUUGUUGAUUUGUUACACUAGAGAAUGUUUGCGGAAAAAACCCAAUUGGGAAAUAGUAUCACUCUUCAUGGACUCAUUGACCCCCAAGUUUUACAUCGCUUUAACUGCAACAUCAUCAUUUAUAUCAGCAUUAAUCAUGGUUCUUGAAUGGAUUUACUUUCAAAAGUAUGGAGUGUCUUUUAUUGAACAGUUUUCUUUGAAUUACAUAAGUCCCUGGAUUGGUGGUUGUAAUGAAACUAGUCAACCAGUACCAGAAUGCAAAGUAUGGAGAAAUCCAUUAGGACUUUUUCGAGGUGCUGAAUAUAUUAGGUAUUUUAAUUCAACUAAAAAAGAACCAUUAACAUUUUAUGACAUGAAUCUUUCUGCUCAAGAUCACCAGGCAUUUUUUAUUUGUGAAGCCGAUAAUGGAAAGCCUGACUAUGAAAUUAUGCAAGCAGCAUGGAGGGAAAGGGUACCAGAAGCUAGGGUUAAAGCUGCACAUUUGGCUCUUGAAAAGAAUCCAGAUUGUGUAACAGCUUUAAUAAUGCUUGCUGAAGAAGAAGCACCAACUAUGGUAAAGGCUGAAAAAAUUUUAAGAAAAGCUUUAAAACUAGCAGAAACAAAUUAUAAAAAAACUCAGAAAUCUCAUCAUCUAGAUGCCAGUAUUGAAAUGCAGCAUAGAAGAGACUUAAAUGUAUUAAUAUAUGUACGAAGAAGGAUUGCUAUGUGCUGCAGAAAAUUGGGAAAAUUAAAAGAAGCUGUAAAAAUGUAUAGAGAUUUAAGUAAAGAAAUGCCUCCAAUAAUGAACAUUCUGAAUGUACAUGAAAAUCUUAUUGAAGUAUUAUUAGAAAUGCAAUCAUAUGCUGAUGUACAGUCUGUAUUAGCUAAAUAUGAUGAUAUAAAUCUACCAAAAUCUGCAGUAAUUUGUUACACAUCUGCACUGCUCAAAAUUCGUCCUAUUGCUGACAAAUUUAACCCAGAAAAUUUGCUGAAAAAGGGCCCUACAUCAGCAGAGGAAGUAGCAAUUGAAGCAAUUCAUCGAGCUGUUGAAUUUAAUCCUCAUGUUCCAAAAUACUUAUUGGAGAUGAAAUCUUAUAUUUUACCUCCUGAACACAUAUUAAAAAGAGGUGACAGUGAAGCAGUUUCUUAUGCAUUUUUUCAUUUAACUCAUUGGAAACGUGUGAAAGGAGCUAUAAAUGUUUUAAACGCUACAUGGGAGAGUUCUUUUAAUCAAAUUCCAUAUCCAUUGGAAAAAGGAUAUUUAUUUCAUCCAUACCCAACAUGUACUGAGCUUGCAGAUAGAGAAUUAUUACCAGCUCAUCAUAAGCUAAGUGUUUUUCCAAAGAAAGACAUGCCAUUUUUCAUCCAUUUCACUGCUGGGCUUAGUUCCUUUUCAGCAAUACUUGCCUUAUUGAUUUAUCUUCAACCUCAAUUUACUGGAAGCAUUGCAUAUAUUAUCUGCAUGUGGAUUAUUGUACCAGUUAAUUAUUGUCUUGAUCGGUUAGAGACUAUUCUUCCAAACCAUGUAAUGGAAAUUCUUUCUAACAUUUAGUUCUUUAAGAUGGAUAAUAUUCUAAUUGUUCACAAUCAAACCUAUUUCAUUUUAUUGUAAAUAUAUAUAUAAAUUUUUUUGUUUGUAAAUAUGAUCUGUACCAAAAGAUAAAAACAUUUGUAUGAUCUUUAUGAUGAAAUCGUUAAUGAAAUUAAUGACAUUUUUUAGUUUAUAAUUAUUAAUUCAUCUUAAUUCGGUGAUGUGUUCCCUAUUUAAAAUUUAAUUAUUAUGUCAAUUAUUUAAUUUAUUAAUUUUUGAUGACAUAUGGAAGAUUUACUGUAUUGAAAUUUUAUGUUUCUUUUCUGUUGUAAUAUAUAAUUAUUAAAUUGUUACAGCAA